CAUGCGCACACCCUUUAGAACAUACACACGCAAACUCCUGCUCUCACACAUCGCUUUACACACAGGCAGGGAUCUUACACACGAAGGACUUUGCAUAAGACAACAUCAAAACCAGGAUCUGGAUAGCCUGUAAGCUUCACAUGGCACAUGAUCUGGAAUCCUAAAGUCGGACAGGAAUCACCUGAACCCAGACUGCAGGCUCAUUUCCAAACUGAUUUCCAUUGCAAAGCCGGAAUCUACUAGUCUUGGACUUGUGUAACCAGCUAUGUCAAAGGAUGAGGAAAUUCCAAGCCCACCUCCAGAGUGGCUGGAAGAAAUCUGAAUGUAAACAUAUAUCCGCCUGGAGGAGACGUCAUCAUGAGAAGGAACCUCUAGGACACUGGUAGAGUACUUAAUAUUCAUACAAACCAACCCAAAGAAGGCCCUCGUUGUUGACUGAUUACAUGGAUAUACAGUGUGGAUGGACAAACGCCUUCAUGAGGGAUUUGCCCUCCCCUCCUGCUGCCUGAGGUCAACCCAACGCCACCUUGAUAAGUCUGGCUUAGCUGGCCACUUGUUUCAAUGCUCCACGCUGCUCUAAGAUGAGGGUAUGGAAAGAGGUCACCCUUGCCUUCAUCCUGUUUGGUGCCUCGUUUUUCCUCCUGCUUAUGAAAACCACAUCACCUGUUGGGUCCUCCUACCUAGAGGCCUUAGGGAUUUCAUCAGACCCUUCCUCAAACCCACCAGCCACACCAUCAUCCUCAUCUUCACUUUCAUCAACCUCAGCGAGGAAGCCAGCGCCGCGCCGAGCGGUCAGAGCCACGGAGGACAUGGGCUUUCUUCUCUCUGAAUUCUCAUACCUCUUCCAAAGUUUCACUGAAAGCGAGCUGAAGAAGGUGAUUGCGACCCUGGUGGACCGCAAGGAGAGGAGGAUCAGAGCCGAGACGGGACGGAGAACCAAACGAGAGCGGAAGGACCCGAAGCCAUGCUCUCUACAUGAGAUCGAGGUCAGGGUGAGCGAGCUUGGGCUUGGGUACGGGAGCGACGAGACGGUGCGCUUCAGGUACUGCAGCGGGAAGUGCAUCCACGAACGACGCAAUUAUGACAUUGUAAUGGAGAAGAUGCAGUUAUAUAAAAGCUCCAGUGAGAAAGGACGGCGAGGACGGGAUAAUGGGAAAAAAGACAAGGCGCGAUACGCCCCAUGUUGUCGCCCUACGAAGUUCGAGAAGAAAAUGUCUUUCUUUGACAAGGACAAAUUCUACACCAUCCAGAAUGUCUCUGCGAGAGCAUGCGGUUGCGUAUGACAUUCUGGGAAAUAUGGCAAAAGAGAAUGUUUCAGAAUUCCGUGGUAACCAUAGGAGCUUUGGAACACGCAGAAACCAUGGAACUAUUCGAGAACGUAUAGGGCAAAUUGCUAUUUCGAAAAAGAUGCUGAGAGGGACCCACAAUGCCUCCAUGGAAAGAGUGAAAGCUACAGAAAAGUGAAACACAAAACAUAAAAGACAAGGCCUGAAUUGUCUCAAGCCUUGGCAACUAUUGGAAUUUUUUUGCUUCUGCCUUUUCAGUGGUUACUGGCACUUUUAAUUAGCCCAGGGUACUGGACUUUAACCAAAGGUGGAUCGCUGGUUUAAUUCGAUGGGACCAAAAGCUGGCGGGAGACUCCUUUCGCUUUCCACUGGAGAACUUCUGCAGAAGAACGAGUUCAGAUAUAGUAGUAUUUAACCAAAGAUAUAAAUAUAUAUAUAUCUAUAUAUAUUUACGUAGAGGGCUACAGAGACAACUGUAUGCUGCUCGCUUUUGUUACGAAUCUGAAUACUGAAGUAUGAAGUGCAACGCAGCUGUGAAAACUACCUCAUUUCUUUCUUUGUUUCUUUAUUGUUUGUUUCCUUGGAAGAAUGUACAUGCAAUGAAUCUUGUUCUACCGCACCCACUUCCUGGGAUUACGCUAGUCACAAAUAUGAAUCAAAUGUAUAUAAGAGAAAUGCUUCUCGACCGAAAGGAUAUUAUCUAAAACAACACUGUCACUUGAAACGUAUAUGCACACUAUAUCAAACCCCUGGAUUUGGCCUUAAAGCCUUGCCAAGGCAUGUCUGAUCAAAUCCAAGUUUCUCUCGUCUUUGCGACAAUUUAUACCCAGAUAUUUAAGUUUAAUAGGAAUAUAGGCUAUGAAAUUCCAAAGACCAAAAAGGACAGAUGUUUUCUCAAAGUUGUCGUCCUUAAAAGACCUUAAGUUCAUUUUUCU